AUGGAUCACUCGCACCACAUGGAGCACGCAGCUUCUUCCCACGGCGCCCACGGCGGCGGCGACAUGGGCGAAAUGUGCAACAUGAACAUGCUCUUCACCUGGGACUCGACCAACCUGUGCAUCGUCUUUCGCCAGUGGCACAUCCGCUCCACCGCCUCCCUCGUCGUCUCCCUCGUCGCCGUCGUCGUCCUCGCCAUGGGCUACGAGGCCCUGCGCUCCGUCUCGCGUCGGUACGAGACGACGGUCAACAAGCGCAUCGCCGCCCUUCCGCACGAGCAGAGUGAAGACGUCACUGAGACAACCCCUUUCCUCGCCACAGGGCAAUACCAGGUCGCGGCCGGCAGGAACAGCCACGUCGUCAAGGCCGUCCUCUACGCCUUGCAAAACUUUUACGCCUUCAUGCUCAUGCUCGUCUUCAUGACGUACAACGGCUGGGUCAUGAUUGCCGUCUCCCUCGGCGCCCUGUUCGGCUACCUCUUGUUUGGCCAGUCGACGUCAUCGACAAAGGACAACGCAUGCCACUGA